AACAAGGAAAAAUACAAAAGCCAAACAAAAAGCAAAGCAUCACACUCAUUGUGUCUUCUUAAAGGUUUGCUCUUGUGCGGCAAACAGAAUUGAGCUCAAAACUGCAUUGGAAAAUAAAGCGAAACAAACCGAAAAAAGCGAAAUGUGAAAAAUAGUUUCAAAGUUAGAUUUCGGUCGACUGGGGAGUAUUACACAUAAAUUUCAACGUUCACUGGAAACAUUUUAAGUUUGGCAUACGUUAACAUAACAUCUCAUCCACGGGCAAAAGCAACGCAACGCAACAUUUAAUAAAGUGCGCGCAUCGAGAGACGUUACAACAAAUUGGCAAUCACGACGAAAACCAAGGCAGCGACUGUGGCCUGAACCAACGCCAAUAACCCAACAAACACUGUUUUAAACAAACAAAAAAAAAAAAAAAUCUGUUAACACACCAAACAUAAGAAUACAAUUCGAGAAAACAUAUGUGAGCCAUGAAUUGUUGAGAUACCAAAUAAAUUUGGCAAUUGCAUCAAUGGCAGAUCAAUGAGAAAAUGCAUCGCUUGAGUGCAUCGCAUUUAGGUGUGAGUGAGUGAAUGCGUCUGUGGUAGCAGCAAUCACACCGGCAACUGCACAGCAACAGCAAAACCAAACUAAAUUCAAGCACAUAAAACACAACAACAACUCAAUAAACAAAAUAAACGUUUAAAUUUUGCUAACCGUCCCAAAUGAUUGUAAUGUGGUAGACCGACUUCACCAAUACACUCACAAGCUCGGCUGCUCUUUGCAAAUCAAAAGAAGAACCUCGUGAAUGCAAAUUUUUUGUCUAGUUUUUGUUCGUGAACCAAUUCAAAUUCAAACCAAGCAUUAGUUUGGCGGUACCUGUGAGUUAAACUUCAAUUAAACCGCUGAAGAAGCCAAAAAAAACCCAACAACAGUAAAUUGAAAGUUGCCCAAAAGAAAAAAAAAUUACAAUUUCCCGCUAUUCACAUUGAGUUUUGAUUUUUUUGGCCAAAAAGGAAAGGAGACAUCACAUCGAGGAAAGUAACAAUGAAAUUAUUGAUAAGCAUAUUUCUCGUGCUGAUCAUGGCAAGGAGUGGCCUUUGUUUGGCGCCCUAUUACAUGGAAUAUUAUGCAAAUUAUCAUGACUUCCAUAACGACGAUAAGUUAAACUACAAAUAUCACUAUUACAUCGAUCAUGCUCCCUCCAAAGUUCACAUGAUGCACACCGAAGAACGCCAUGGCGAUAAAGUUGUGGGUCAAUAUGGUCUACUGGAACCCAAUGGCAUGGUACGCAGUGUCCACUAUCAAGUGGUGGGCGAUAAUGGUUUCGAAAGUGUUGUGCAGACCCGAACUCCCCACAGUUCAUCCCAUAUACGACUGAUGAGUCAGAAACAACCAUUGCGACCGAUUGUCCAAAAUGAACCGGUAGCUUCCAUCAUAUGAUUCGUUUGUUUAUUAGUUGAUUAAGGUGUGUUAUUUA